UCAUAUCCAGAUGACUCUUCGACGGAGUGUUACGGCUAUGACAGUUCAUGCAAAGUAUAAUGAAAAAACAAUAGAAAAUGACAUAGCAAUAUUAUGGCUCGAUCGUAGAUUAUUGUUUGGGGAUAACGUGAAACGCGUUAUAAUUACAAAAACAUUUCCAUUCACAACCGAAGCCUGUAUCGCUGGCUGGGGACUUAUUAACGAAAGAACCAAAGUAUUGGCGGACCAGCUCAAGUGGGGGACACAGAAAUUACUACCUAAAAUCGCGUGUUCAAUGAUUGGAAAAUUAUACGACGGAAUGUACUGCGCGGGAAGCUUCAACAAAAAAACAUCUCGACCAUCCUAUGGUGAUUCUGGGAGUGCUUUGGUCAAUUGUAAUGGAAAAACUCAUCAAAUAGGGAUAAUAUCAUGGAAUAUCAAUAAAUAUCCAAGCAUUGCAAUAUAUACAAAUGUUAGCUAUUACUAUGAUUGGAUCUUUAGAAAUUUUAAAUUAUUGUACUGCACGUACAGUAAAGACACCAAAAUAUGAAAAUAAAAACAUAAAAACUGAAAGUUACUGUUGAAAAUAAUGCUACUUAAUUGUGAAACAAUUAUGUAACAAAAUAAAUACUAAACUUUAUAAAUUUGUUUUAUUUUAUUCAAAUUAAAUAAUUCAUAACAACUAGCAAAUAUCAAUUACUACUACUAGUAGCAGUACUAGGUGCACACUCCUGUUCGACAGCAUGUGAAGGAGGAUGCUCUAACACAGUGUCUAUUAUACCAAAGGUCUUUGCUUCGAUUGGGGACAUAAAACAAUCACGCUCCAUUGACGACUGCACUUUCUCUAACGCUAAGCCUGUGUGUCUCACAUAUAAAUUAUUUAUUUGUGCUUUCAGUUUUAAAAUCUCUUCCGCCUGUAUCUGUAUAUCAGUAGCUUGACCUCGUACUCCUCCAGAUGGCUGAUGUAUCAUGAUCCGAGAGUUAGGUAGCGCGUGUCGCAUUCCGGGGGCUCCAGCGGCCAGCAACAAAGAUGCCAUGCUGCAUGCCUGACCGACGCACCACGUCGCUAUUGGGGGAGUGAUGUACUGCAUUGUAUCGUAGAUACCGAGACCAGCGGUUACAGCUCCACCAGGAGAAUUAAUGUACAAAUGGACAGGCUUUUUACUCGACUCCGACUGCAGGAAUAGUAAUUGUGCUACGAUCAAGGAACUUAUAUCAUCGUUAAUCGGCCCCAUUAAACAUAUGAUUCUCUCGCGAAGUAAUCUCGAGUAAAUGUCGUAUGCACGCUCACCUCUACCAGUUUGUUCGACUACAAUCGGUAUCAUACCCAGUAACUUUGGCAGACUGGUAUUAAUUUGCCUUGUUACAUUGUAGACAUUAGUUAUUCCAACGCACAAUCUUCGGCCUACUCGACCUAUGGAACUCAACGCCAUUGUAAAUAUCAAAGUUUUAUUGUCUUACUUUUAAAAUAUUCUGUGAGAUAUAUAUCCAGUUGGCGGGGAGUGCUUUAGUUUAAUAGGCACUUAAUAAAUUUAAUUUUGAUCUACAUUUACAUAUUUUUAAAAACUUUGUUCCUAUUUUUUAUUUUGACAUUUGUC